AUGUCGGUUUAUUCUAUAGUGGUUGGAAGUUCUUCAUCCGUGUGUGUCUCGCUCUCUGAAAGACUGAAGCUUGGCCCUUCUCUGUCUUCCUCAGAACCCUUUUUCAACCCUGAGAAUAUUAUCAGAUUCUCCAAGAGAAAUGGGGGUUGUGGGGUUGUAGCUAAGGCUAUGAUGAACAAACCCAUUUUCAAUACAACGUUUGAACCUUUUGAGGAAGUGAAAAAAGAGCUUCUUGUCAUCCCCACAGAGCUCCAUGCGUCACUGGCUCGCCAGAACUACACUGAUCAGUCUGAGGCUGCACUCAAUGCACAGAUCAACGUGGAAUACAAUGUCUCCUACGUGUAUCAUGCCAUGUACGCCUAUUUCGACAGAGAUAAUGUUGCUCUGAAAGGAUUGGCCAAAUUUUUUAAGGACGCAAGUAUGGAGGAAAGACAACAUGCUGAGAUGAUGAUGGAAUAUCAGAAUAAAAGAGGAGGUAAGGUUCAACUGCUGUCAAUGAUAAUGCCAUUUUCAGAGUUUGAUCAUGCAGAAAAAGGUGAUGCAUUAUAUGCAAUGGAACUUGCAUUGUCUCUGGAAAGGAUGAACAAUGAGAAGCUUUUAAGUUUACACAGGUUAGCAAGUGAAAACAACGAUGCUCAGUUUGUUGACUUGCUCGAAAGCCACUUUUUGGUCGAUCAGGUGGAAGAUAUUAAGAAGAUCUCAGAAUAUGUGGCUCAGUUAAGAAGGAUGGGCAAAGGACAUGGUGUGUGGCACUUUGAUCAGAUGCUCCUAAAUGGAGGUGUAGCUGCAUGA